AUGAGACCCCUUACAAAUAUCUAUAUCUUCGCUUGUGUCUUUACAUUUGUGCUAUGGAAUAAUAUCCAGACAAGUAUGGAAAAUGAAUUUAUUGCAAAUUAUUCAAGCAGUUUGCUAACUAAUGUUCCAAAAAACAUCCCAGUCCAUACUCAUGUAUUAGAUUUAUCACAUAAUAAGAUCUCCGAACUUAGUAUCUCAGAAUUUAUCUAUCUUUCUGGCCUUCAAGUAUUGAAUCUUUCUUAUAAUCUAAUUACAGAGCUUGACUUUACUGUCUUCAUUUUUAAUGAAGAUUUAGAAUACUUAGAUAUAUCUCAUAAUAACAUUUUGAAAGUUUACUGUCAAACUCUUGUAUAUCUUAGACAUUUAGAUCUUUCGUUUAAUAAAUUUACUGCCCUGCCCAUCUGCCAGGAAUUUGGGAACAUGUUUCGUUUGGACUACCUAGGAUUAAGUGCCACGAUGAUACAACGGUCAGACUUCAGCUAUAUCACACAUUUGCAGCUGAACACUGUGUUCCUAACCUUAGAAGACUUUUCUCUGUAUGAGCCUCAGAGUCUGACAGCUUUGAAUACUAGAAGCCUCCACAUCGUUUUUGCAGCAAACCAAAACUUCAGUUUUUUACUCUUGUAUGAUGGAAUGAGCACUUCGGAAAAUGUAAAAAUAGUUAACAUAAGAUAUACCUUGAGCUACAAAGAUUUCCCCUCUCCUUCUUUAACUCUUCUGGAGAAAAUCAAGGCAACAGCUCUGGUGCUUGACACUGUGGACCUACAAUGGACUAUCAUUUUGCAAAUUUUCAUGCUUAUUUGGUAUUCACCUGUGGAGCAUCUGACUGUGACAAAUUUGACUUUUCGGGGACCACUGCGGGAUCUGAACAAAUAUGAAUUUCUAUACUUGUUAAGCUCUAUGGACCAAUUAAUCUUUUCGAGUGGCUCCAUGAAAGUGUUAACUUUGGAGCAUGUUCGUAAUAAGCUUUAUUACUUCAACCAAGAGAUUCUAUACAGACAGUUUUCAGAGAUGAAUAUCACCAGUUUGACAAUAUAUGAUGCAUAUAUGCCACACAUGCUUUGCCCCAAUAGAACAAGCUCAUUUCAGUAUAUAAAUUUUUCUCACAAUGCCCUGACAGAUGAAUUGUUCCAGAAUUGUGGCACUCUGACAGAUCUGAAAUUACUUAUUUUGCAGAGGAAUAAAUUUGAGAGCCUUCACAAGGUAAGCUUC